ACCAAGUGGGAAGGAAAAAAAACAAGAUGAAGGGAAGAAAGGCAAGGGGAGCUGCCUCUCGUAAAGCACGCUGAGAGAAACAAAAGAGAGAGGGAGAGCGAGGGGCAGGGAGGACUCAGUAAUCCAGCGACUCCGGCGCUGUUUCUAGCAGAGGGAAGGAGGAGGAAGAGUCCGAUCCUACAGUGCUGCUCCGCCUGAACCAAAGCAGGAGAGAAGGAAGGAGCAACAGAGAGGAAGAGGAAGAGAAGGAGUCCCCUGAAAAAUAUCCUGAAGAGUGGACGGCGAAAGAGGAUGGAGGAGAGGAGAACGUGCAGAGAUCCCUGGGUGCUCAGGCUCACAUGAGUGUAUGGACCUGAGCCCGGCCGGAGUUACUACAAGAUGCUGUCAAAGAACGAGCGUGCGAGGGCGGAGUGUUAGUGUGCGAGUGAUGGAUGUCUGUUUGCACAAACUACAGUUGCUCCACGAAACUCAGCAGAAGUAGAUGAGAGCUUGUGUCUCUGUGUGAGCAGGUGCGUGUGAGUGUCGGCGUGAGAACAUAUGACAGACCAGCUGUUUAGGAGGUAAACAGAGUCAGGGGCACCCAGAGGAGGGAAGAGGGAAGACACGCUCACGUGAAGAAGUGCAUGGAAGGAGAAUCGCACACGGAGUCAGACAGCUCAGAAGUGCAGUUAGCGGUGUGAGGAAGUGUGCGGACAGCACCUUUAAUAGAAGGCAGGGAGUUUACAAUGAGGUGUCACUGAGCUUCUCUGGGGUUCCUGACUCCUCUUUUACACCAACCCAGCCACCUGAAGCUACUCCCUACCUCAUCUCAACCCAACAAGUGGACUUGAACACUGAGAGAAAAGGACUUGAACCCCAGGUGUCAGGGAAGCCCGCCUGAAGUGGGGUCAGUCCGGACUUUCUGUGCCCAGUGGAUGCAUCCUGACUCCAACAAUGGGAGAAUGGACCAUCCUAGAGCGCCUCCUGGAGGCCGCCGUGCAGCAGCACUCUACUAUGAUUGGAAGGAUCUUGCUGACAGUCGUGGUCAUCUUCCGAAUUCUAAUUGUGGCCAUCGUUGGAGAGACAGUGUAUGAGGAUGAGCAGACCAUGUUCAUCUGUAACACUUUACAGCCGGGCUGCAACCAAGCUUGCUAUGACAAAGCCUUCCCCAUUUCCCACAUCCGAUACUGGGUCUUCCAGAUCAUAUUGGUGUGCACACCCAGCCUCUGCUUUAUCACCUACUCUGUCCAUCAGUCGGCCAAGCAGCGAGACCGGCGCUACUCUUUUCUCUAUCCAAUAAUGGAGCGGGACUAUGGGGGGAGGGAUGGGGCUCGGAAGCUCCGCAACAUAAAUGGAAUUCUAGUUCAGCACGGAGGUGAUAGUGGAGGAGGGAAGGAAGAACCUGACUGUCUGGAGGUGAAGGAGAUCCCCAAUGCCCCACGAGGCCUCACGCAUGGAAAGAGCUCCAAGGUUCGCCGGCAAGAAGGGAUCUCUCGCUUUUACAUCAUUCAAGUGGUGUUCAGAAACGCACUAGAGAUUGGCUUCUUAGCAGGCCAAUACUUCCUUUACGGCUUCAGCGUGCCUGGGAUUUUCGAGUGUGACCGCUACCCAUGUAUCAAGGAGGUGGAGUGCUACGUGUCCCGGCCCACAGAAAAAACAGUUUUCCUAGUGUUCAUGUUUGCCGUGAGCGGCAUCUGUGUGGUGCUCAAUCUGGCUGAGCUCAAUCAUCUCGGCUGGCGCAAGAUCAAGGCCGCCAUCAGGGGUGUCCAGGCCCGCAGGAAGUCUAUCUGUGAAAUCAGGAAGAAGGACAUGGCACAUCUGUCUCAGCCACCCAACCUGGGACGCACACAGUCCAGCGAAUCAGCCUACGUCUGACGAUGAAGAGCGACAAAUGAGGGGGAGCGGGAUGAAUGUGCAACAGAGAGAAUGAAUGAAUUGUGAUUUUAAUUUAAUGAAGAUGGCGUGGAGGUCAAACGACAUGACCUCUCUUCCAUGAUGGACUGAAACAGAAUGUAAAAAGACCAAACCUCUGGCUCUGCAAUGCUGACAGUCAACAGAGGCUAGAGAGGGAAGAAAAUAACAGAGCAUAAAAAGAGGACCAAAAGUUUUGUUCUGCAAACAUACAUAAUUAAGACGUGUCGAUCUCAUGAGGAGAUAGUCCAACUGCCAUUUUAUACUGUUGUCUUUUUUAAACCAAUGACCUUCUCUGCUUCUUGUUUCUUAUACAGAGAAUUAAAUCCUCAUGGGGCUGAUCUAGAGAUGAGAGUGAGAGGGGAAGCGGGAGGAAAACAGAUGAGUGGCUGUUUUGUGUUCUCUGGGGAUAUUGGAAGACGACAUGGUUGUUUGAUGCAUCCCAUGGUGCUUUUCUUCUGGACUGUAUCAGCCUCAGUGAAAGAAGGGAGGGCAGGAUAGGGGAUGGGACAGAGGGGAUGAACAGCAGCAUUAUUAAAAAGAGGAACGGAAGAACUGUCAAAGCUGUGACAGACUCUGGAGAAUGAAGGCAAGUUUUGGAGUGAGGGGGAGCAGGAGGGAGACGUCAUACUUUGGGAAAACAUAUGAAGCGAGGAAGAGGGGGAGCGAAGAUACAAAACGUUUUUCUUUCGCUUCCUCUCUCUGCCUGAGAAUUUGAGGUAGACUGAAGCCAAGAGAGAACGCGCUGCCUCCCAACAGUGUGUCAUGCCUCUGCUGGAACACCGUUACAAGCCAAAACCAAGAGAACAAGACUGACGAUGUUUAUGUUUUGUCUCUUGGCAAAACUUGAUUUUAACACAAACACAGUGAGUACCAUAAACACCCCCCCCCCCCCUCCCCUUUCUAUUUCUCUCCCCCAUCCCUCACUCUCGCUCUGCUCCACUGUACAGACCUGUACAGCUGUACAGACCCGAGGGUUUUCGAAUCACAGUGAUGACCUUCGCUGCUCUCCCGCGGGGUAAACAUCUGAGAGGAACUAAUGAACAAAUAGGUGACCAGCCAGUCGGCGUCAGUCGCUACUAAAGCACAAACUUCACUCCCUCCAGCUUUUUUUUGCGUGCUAAGAGAUGAAACAGAAAGGGAAGAGCAAAAGACAACGAAAGAGCUUGAGAAGAGGUCACUUUAUUAUAACUUUAAACAAAUUUUAUAAAAUAACAUCACAAUGAUCUUUUUUUUUUUUUUUUUUUUUUGAGAAAGCGAUGGUGCCAUCCUUGAGAUAUUUAAUUAUUGUUGAAAUGUUACAUAGAGUAUAUCAUGGUAAUAUUAUUUAUCCAUUUAGAGUAUAUCCAAAUAGAUUUAUUUAUCUUUAUGGGGCGGGUUGGUGGGGAAAUCUUGUUGCUGUACUUUUUAUUUUUAUGUAUAAAAUGUGUUUUUUUUUUUUUCAUUUUAUUUGCGUUUGAAGCAUUUGUCACUGUAGGUCCUGAUUAAUAACAUGUAAGGGGUAGGAAGGGAGAGGUUUGUGCGCUUUGUUAUAAAAUGCUUUGAGGAUGUGCAGCUGAUUCUUUUUUCUUCUUCUUCUUCUUUUUGCUGCUCUUUAGGUGAACACUAACUGUUACUUACCUGCAUUUAAAAUGCAGUUACAUCUGUGUGUGUUUUAUAGAGCCUUGGUUUCCUUCAAAAUCAGCUGCAUAGCUUCAGAUAAUUAAGGCCUAUGAGCCAUUAGAUAAAGGAAUGUUUACACAAUGCUGUGUUUCUUGAAUGAUCAAGCUGUGUAACUGAUAGGUAGUUGCUCUCUAGGGACAGUUGUAGUUUGUUUUUUUUUCUAAUUCCAGUGGCUUUCAUUUUGCAGUUCUUUCCUGACUGGAUUUCAGCAUGCAUGCAUGGUGACAGAAAAGAGAAUGACGUGAAAGAAACAGAAAAAAAAAGAUAAAGGUGACAGAGUGUUGCACCUUGAUUAUUACAGACGAGUGAAAGAGUGGCAGACUGAAGGAACUCAUGCUGGGAAAAAGAUUGUGUUUCUGGACACAUACAGACAUGCACAAGUUUAUAAUGCAAAAGAUGGAGCUAACACACUGUGUGCCUACUGAACCAGAUAUAGAGACAGUUGGGUGGACUACAUACAGCAUACUUUCAUUCCGCCAGCAUGAUUGCCUCCUGUAACUCUGUGGGGAAGAGGCCCAGGUGACUGAGACAAGCACACAGCAGUUCAUGCCAAACUCACAAUUUGUCUGUUUCCUUUUGCAGAGGACAUUAUCAGUUUUCAGCUAACUGGUGUAAUCUGUUAAAAAUAUAUUGUUACAGACCAGUGCUCUGUCCUUUAGCUGCACACUUUAGGUGUAUCGAGUGAGAAUCUGCAAACGGAUCGGCCUUAUGUAGCUCAACAGUUCUAUAGGGAGCCACCCUUGUGCUCAUGCAACAUUCGCACUCUGCUUACACGAUCAUUUAAAGAAAUACCAAAUGGCAGAUAAGCUGUAAGAAACACACAGCUACAAACAUUCAUCCACGUCCAGCUGAAAAUAACAGGAGAUCCUUACAGAGAAAACAGCAAAGAUGGUGGUACAAUAACUUCCAGGCAAAACAAGCUUUUUUUUUUAAUAUGAGGUAAAGUCAGUUUUUCAGAUUUGGCUUGUGAUGCAGGUUUUAUGUUUUGGUGACCACCAGCUCCCAAAUAACUGCCCAAAUAAUGAAAUAAUCAAAAUGGGUGCCAAGGGGAGAGACUUGCUUCUAGAAGGACUAUAUACGCACACAAACUUGAAAGUGUGAAACGCUGACCAUACAUAAUAUACAAAGCACCCAACUGUAAAUACAUUCUCAGAAUAUUAACAUAUAUUUCAUAGUUAAUACAUUUCAUAGUUAACUCUAAGCCAUCUAGAGUAAAUGCAAAACACACAAAAUUAUUUGAAGCUAUACUGGAAAUACUAAGUAAUAGCACUAGAGCUGCAGUUGACCUUUGAGCUGUAGCAGCAGCUGAUGUAGCAGAUGAAAAGCCCCCAACUCUCUGUUCUUACAUUCACUCUUACUUUCAUAAUCUCCGUGAUUCUUACAGGUGAUUAUCCCCAGAUUUAGUCUCUUCUGAGGAUGUCGAUGGGACUCGGUGAAAUCGGUGCAGUUUACUGCGUAGUGUAGGAAGGACAAAUGCGCUGCCAGGGCAUGCCAGAACGCCUAAGGGUUGAGCUACCCGUUGGCCUUCACUUACUGUGAGCGUGUGCUUCUAGUGAAAGCUUAAAUGCUGACCUUGAGCUUAAAAGCCAAGCCAAUGUCCUGUACUAUAUGCAGCUCCGGCUGAAGAGUCACUGCGCAGUACAGCGCUGAUCUAAUCCCUGCAGAGCACAGGUCAGUGUUGGUGUAAGUACUAUUUUUACUGAAUGGCACGAACACAUGUUCAACAUACACUCAUUCUGGUACGAAAACAAGCAAAUGCAAAAGUAGGAAGAGCAGUUGGAGCCCAGUUUACAUGUCUUGGACUCUUUCGUUAUGUCUGGUUUCAUUCAUGUCAGAAACACAAACAUGCACGCAGUGUGAGGAUGUGGAAGGCCAUAAACGCGUCCUGGCUUUCUUCGGUUUACAUUUAUCCAGAGUUCAUUAGUGACUCGCAGCCAGUCAGUGGGUCCAGCAUGUUCCAAAGUAAAAGCAGGCCUCAGUUCUUCCAGCAGUCCACUACUCUCCACAGUCUGCUUUUCUAUUUGUCAAUGUGAAAUGAAUUAUGCAAUUUUUUUGUUUUGUUUUGUUUUUUUUUUUUACUUGCUUCUCUUUUUGACUUGUGGGUUUAUUUUGUUGUCUGUUGCUCUUUUUGUGCAGUGACAUAUCAAAAAAGAAAAAAAAAAACAAGAAAGAUGUUUUUCUAUGUAACGGAACAAAAAAAAAAAUCUUUAUGUGUAAAAUCAAGGGUAGAGUAUUGAAAUAUAAGACUAGCAGAAAAUAUGUUAUAUUUCUUCCCUUGCCAAAGUGAUAUGCAAAAUUAAAUUAAUUUUCAAAGAUUUUUUGUUUUAAAUGCAUGUGCAAUUGCCAGAGUAAGCAUGUUUCUAUGUUUUCUUCAACAGAAUCUUAAAAGAAAGGCUUUUUAAAGUCCAAACUAUGGAAUGAAGCUAUUAUGUCUUGAUGCCAAGUGUGUAUAUAAUUUACCCAGUUUUCAGGCGCUACAGAGCCAGGCAGACAAUACCAACUCAGUGAUGUUAAAACUACCUAUUACAUUUUAGCCAUCUGAAUUUCCAAAAGGCUAUGAAAACCACAGUAAAUCUUCUAGUUCGUGAAUUUCCACAUAAAUAUAUACCUUUAUAAUUGAGCUUUGCAAACCAGUCGCUCAAAUGUUGUACUGUAAAACACAGGGUACACAGGAAUAUGAACAUACAGGUGAAAGACUCGCACCAUUAGAUGUCAGAACAUUCCAGGGUUUAGCCUCCAGCACAAUGUGUAACUGACCUACACUUUCCAACGUUUUAGUGUUAGAUAAUUAAAUCCUCAGUGAAGCUCCCUAUGGACAACCUAUUCAGGAAAGAAAACACUGGUGAUCUUUUACACCAGUCUUUUUUUUUUUAGUACAAAUACACAAAAGAUUGCUUUUAUAGAAACGGUGUAUAUGUCCACAUACUUUCCAUUUACAAUCUAACCUUGUGCUGUAAAGCCCAACGAUGAAAAUCGCCCUCAAGCCUGAUUGUUUAACUGUUGGUGCUACUGAGGUUGGAUUUCAAAUACAUUCCCUAAUGUCCAGCACACUACUGCCCACGUACCACAGAUCAGUGCAGGUCUCCUUAAAAAUCAAGCCGUUUCUCUUGACUGUUACUAACAAAUAGCCAUGUAUGUGAACGCGUACAGCCUGAUGAUAUCAUUUCCCUAAACUUGCAACUUACUUUAUAAAGCAGAAAAGUAGCAAACAAAUUAAUUCCUCAGGAAUGCAGCCUGUAACUGAGCUGUUUCACUCAUUAACGCAGAGCUCAUUGAAGUUCACUCUUUAUUCUGCUGCCAGAAAGACCUUCGAUGAACUUAAUCACAUUAUGUAGCCAAUCCUAAGGGCUAGUAGUGGCCUCUGAGCAAGUUUUGAAAAAUGCCCCUCUCAUAUUCAAGGGCUUUUUAACUACAGAUUGAAAAGCUAUAGUUUAAAAAAAGAAAGAAAAAAAGAGAAUUCAAACUUGGCAUGGGAAAUGUGGACUCAUGGGCCAAGAUUAUCCAUGUCCAUAUAUAGUCAGUUAGGCAUUAUAAUCAUUUUUGCAUUUAAAUUGAAAAUUAGACAUGUCAAACGAAAAGCUUUUUACUUGGUUUAAUUAAAUGAAAUGAAAGUUAUAAAGCUCCUUUACCAGAUGUUCAGCUUCAAUUUUCAUUUUUUUGUGAAAUAAAAAUGUUCCCUCCUCCCCCUUUGAGGCCCCCCCGCUGGGUGACACUGUUGCUGCCACCCUACGGGCUACACAACACCCAUUUCAGGUUUCAGGAACACACCUCUCAGUUAUAAUUACUUCAUCUAAUUACACUGAGUGGCAGAUCCAGGCAGGGUGGAAUUUAAAACUGCCAUCCGGAUUUGACCAAAGCUAUCUCUCACUAACCAGCACUGCUGCCACCUGCAGUAGUGUUCGCACUGCCAUUGAUGUGAGAUUAUCGCCUGAGAUAGGUUGUUAAAAUUGUGUGGGGAAAAAGUGGGGAAAAAAGCAGGAUGAUGAACAAUUUGAACAUACAUCAGUUCCACUCCCUCAUUUUUAAUCCUCCUCUCUAAGACCAGCACUUCAGGAGCUCAGACCAGCUCCCCUUUAUGUCAUAAGCUGUGUCUCCUUAAACUAAUAGUUUAACGAGUACAGUGAGAGAGAUGAAACCUGAAUUUCUGUGUGCUAUAGGGGAAUGGGGGAGCAAUGUCAAGCAUGGCCAAUAUUUGGCAUUCAUUAGUUUAGAUCAAUAAUUAAACGAUAUUAAAGAGAAUAUAGUGAAAAUUUUUAGCCCUAGGCAAUCGUCAUUUGCAAGCUUCGCCUUUACAGUCAUCCGUGACAUCUCUAGAUGUAAAAACAUGGACUGAAAACACGAACAAUGGACUACACACUGAAACACACUUUGUAACCUUGAUCGGAGAACCUGCCGCUUCUGACUGCUGAUUUUACAAUGUACGUGACGGACCUUCAUUGAAGGAUCACUGUAUAUUUCUGACUGGUGUACUGUAUGUAAAGACUGAAUAAAACCUUGAAUGUUACAUUAAGCCA